AUGGAAAAACCCCCGACUUUGGAUGCGUACGACGGGACUACAGAUCCCGACGAUCACAUCAGGAACCUGGAGGCCGUCAUGGAGUAUCACGUCGUCCACGGCUCCAUCAAAUGUCGGAUCUUCCCGACCACGCUCCGGAAGGGGGCAAUGACCUGGUACAGGAAUCUCCCUCCUAACUCCAUCAAGUCUUGGGCCGAGCUCAAGGAACUCUUUCUGAGUCACUUCACUGCUUCCCGCCGUCAACCGAAAUCAGAGGCAAACCUCGAAGCUGUAGUCCAAGGGACCAACGAGCCUCUCCGAGACUACCUCGACAGAUUCAACAAGGAGGCCGUCCAAGUGGAGACGACCGACUACAUGAAAAGGUAUCUCCUCGAGCGAGGGCUCCUCCCCGGCAGCGAAUUCAGGAAAGCGAUAAAGAUCGAAAAAAUGCGAUUUAUGAACGCCAUCUUGAAAAGGGCGCAGGCUUUCAUCUCCUUCGAGGAAGGCGAAGCGGCCGCAGUCAAAGCAUCAAGGGGAAAUGGCGUUACUCGGAGCUCGAGCCAAGACCCGUCCGCCGCGCCCCGAGCAAACGAGAGAAAGUGGGACGACAGGUCCCGCGACACAAAGGAGCGCAGAGGGCCAGCAGGAUGCUUCAACGACUAUACUCCCCUGAAAGUUUCACGGGAGAAGAUCCUGGCCGAGUGCAUAAACGCCGAGUUCUGA